UGGUCCGUCCUCUGGUCUCUGAGGACUCUAAACGUGUCUUCAUGUCUCGUGUUUCGCUCCACAGGAGACUACGAGAAAGGCGUGGACCACCUGACCAACGCCAUCGCGGUGUGCGGUCAGCCUCAGCAGCUGCUGCAGGUGCUGCAGCAGACUCUGCCUCCGCCCGUCUUCCAGAUGCUGCUCACCAAACUGCCGAGCAUCAGCCAGGUUCGCCAGACGCUUCGAUUUAUUCUCGCACAGAUCUGCAGCUGCACGAACACGGAGCCGAAAACAGUUUACGGUCACAGAAUCGAUAAAACGGGACGAGCGGAAAGUAAAAAAAAUAAAGGAAAAAUACAGGAGAGAAACUGCUAAUAAAACCAA